AUGGUUGACGAGUCCCGUGUCAUCGCCGGCCACAAGGCUAACCUGAGCAACCCCAACACCUCCGACGAGGCCAAGCAGCACUCCAAGGAGGUCCUCGAGCAGGAAUACAACGAGACCACCGGUUCCUCCACUGGCGGCAGCACUGCCAAGGAGUCUGACGACACCGGCAAGGACACUGGCGAGGACACUGGCAAGGACCCCGCCAACGUCGCCCGUGGUCUCAAGGCUACCCUAAACAACCCCCGAGUUUCGGACGAGGCCAAGAAGAGCGCGCAGGAUCGUCUUGACACUGGUGAUGACACUGGCAAGGACCCCGCCAACGUCGCUCGUGGCCUCAAGGCUACCCUCAACAACCCUCGAGUUUCGGAUGAGGCCAAGGAGAGCGCGCAGGAUCGUCUUGACAAGAUGUAG